CAUCAAAACUCCCUAUCAUCUACAAGUUGUAACAACAUGGAGGGAAGGGAUGAUUGGGAUCAAGAAAUAGACUGGACACAUCAUUGGAUUUCACAUUUCUGGAAACAAACGUGUCAAUUAUCAUUGGAGAAAAGUAAUACAGUCUUCAAGUAGGCUACAGUAAAAAGGAUACAAACUACGCUGGUACUGAAACAGCCACCGCUACACCAUGUUUGCUACAAUCCCAUUAGCUAAGAGCACCGUAACCCCUAACACUACAGCCAGCCACACUACCGCCGCUCCCGGGUUUAUAGACCAACUACUGAACAAGAUUCCCUUGCCAAGAUGGGCCAUUUACACCAUCUUUGCUGUCAUUGUCUUGAUGUUUUUGGUGUGUAUUAUAUGCAUCUGUGCGAAAUGCUGCUGCAAGAGCAAGAAAAAGAUCAAAAAGAAGCCGGACAAUCAAAUCAAUCUACAAGGGGUGAUUGGUUCCUCGACUACAUCGCUAGUCCAACAUGGCUCGGAUGAUGCAGGCUACGGCUCAGCUAAAAACCGGGGGAGACUACUCUAUUCUCUGGAAUACAAGGCACAAGAGCUGACAGUGGGGCUGAAAGAGGCUGCAGCUCUGACAGCCAUGGACCGGAGUGGCACCUCUGACCCCUAUGUUAAAGUCUACAUCACUCCCAACAAGUCAAAGACAUUUGAGACUAAGGUCUACAGGAAAACCCUCAACCCUGUGUUCAAUGAACACUUCACAUUUAAGAUUGACAAGGCUGAGCUCAAUGAGUCCACCAUAGUCAUGAAAGUGUUCGACUUCGAUAGAUUCUCCAAACACGACAUCAUCGGGGAGCUGAGGCUGCAGCUCGGAAUCAUCGACUGGAACCAUGUGAUUGAAGAGUGGGAAGACCUGAGAGAACCCUCCAAGUUUGAGGAUGAAAUUCUGGGGGAGAUCUGCUUCUCGUUGCGCUAUGUCCCCACCACUAACAAGCUGACUGUUGUCAUCCUGGAAGCCAAGAACUUAAAGAGUAUGGACAAAGGGGGCUCAUCAGAUCCCUAUGUAAAAGUGCAGCUUGCUCUGGACAAGAAGAAGUGGAAGAGAAAGAAGACAUCUGUUAAAAAGUCCACACUGAAUCCCUACUUCAACGAAUCCUUUACGUUUGAUGUGUCAUUUGAACAAAUUCAAAGGGUUCACCUGAUGAUUUCCGUGUGGGACCAUGACAAGUUGAGCAGGAACGAUGCCAUAGGGAAGAUUUUCCUGGGUUGUGAUGCUGCAGGGAACCAGCUGAGGCACUGGGCAGACAUGCUGUCCAAUCCCCGUAGGCCUGUGGCUCAGUGGCACAACCUGCUUUCCAACGAACAAGUGGACUCCACCCUCGACCUCAAACACACAGUUAGGAUCCCCUUCAUCAAUAAGAACUUUUGAGAAAUCUUAGACUCGCUUGCCAGACUCAUGGCAUUCAAGUGGCUAUGGGAAGAGGUUGGAGAAAAUCCUCCUCAAUGGCCCGACAUAACCAGAUUCCUCCUUCUACUUCACUAAGCUAAUAGCAGCUUGGAGGCCCUAGCACUUUUAAACGCUGCAAAAUACAGUGCCUUCAGAAAGUAUUCACACCCCUUGACUUUUUAUACAUUUUGUUGUGUUACAGCCUGAAUUUAAAAUGGAUUAUAUUGAGAUUUUUACGUCACUGUCCUACACACAAGACCCUAUAAUAUCCAAGUGGAAUGAUGUUUUUAGAAAUAUUUACAAAAAAUAUUUUUAUGAAAAGCUGAAAUGUUUUGAGUCAAUAAGUAUUGAACCCCUUUGUUAUGGCAAGGCUAAAUAAGUUCAGG